AUGACACUAUCUCAAGCACAACUGCAUUCCUUUCUCUGGUCCCUCUUUCAACAUGUUAAUAAUCUUGAGGCUGACUUCCCUUCUCCUGAAAUUCUGCAAGCACUUGAAAUCCAAGCAUUUCAAGUGUCCUUGGAUACGGCGAAAUAUGAAAUUCUGAAAUUUAACCCGUGCUUCUUUGAACCUCAACCAGGUAAACUUUUUCAAAUGUACCCUUUAAACCCUAUGCAUCUAGAAUGGGACCCGGGAGACUCUAUGAAGUUGUCUCAUCUUCCUAGCGUACGGGAUAUCAUGGAUAGGGCCUUGGAGAAUCCUCCACCCAAAGAAAACGACCCUUCUGAUAUGGACUUUCCUACUCCCUCAACAAUGUGGGAACUGGUUAGUCAUUACUGGUACACCGAUCACCCUCGCAAACCACAUUCGGUCUUAUCAUGCAUAUCUACUAUUUGUCCCACCAAGACAGGUCGUGGAAUCACUACACAUGAGCUAUGUGUUAUCGUAUAUGCGAUGCUUCUUCGAGUGAAUCAUAAGCCGUUCAGCACAUGCCAUAUUCAUCCAGUAAGAUCUUUUGCGUGUAAUGAUGUGAUGAUGCAUAUCUAA